CGCUCCAGCUGAGGGCGAGCGAUGUCAUCCAGAAAGAGCACCUGGACGACGGAGGGUUCGGAGAAGUGUAUCUGUGCUACCAUGCCACCUUGGGCCGUGUCGUGAUGAAAACCAUGUACACUGGUCCUCUUCGAAACGAUGUUUUAGUGAGAUUCUAAAGACAUACCUCGAGGUCGGAUGGCUGCGGUGAACACGCAGUGUCUCAGAGAGAAGCCGAGGAGCCAAGCUCACAGCUGCCUUUUUUGACAGCUACUGCAGGAGGAAGUCCCAUAAUCCACUGUUUUCUCCGGGAGAGCAAGAGGUCCCUGCUGGAGGAAGGGAACAUUAUGGCUAGCCUGAAGCAUGAGCGGGUGGUAAAGUUGCUGGGUGUCAUCAUGGAGGACCGAGGCUGCUCACUCGUCAUGGAGCUGAUGCCCAGGGGGAACCUGUUGGCCAUGCUGAAGAAGUCAAGGUCAAAAGUUUACAUACACUUGUAAAGAACAUAAUGUCAUGGCUGUCUUGAUUUUCCAAUCAUUUCUACAACUCUUAUUUUUUGUAACAAAAUGAUUGGACCACAUACUUGUUGGUCACAAAAAACAAAUGAAGUUUGGUUCUCAUAUUAUUUUUUUGUGGGUCUACUAAAAAUGUGACCAAAUCUUCUGGGUCAAAAGUAUACAUACAGCAAUGUUAAUAUUUGGUUGGAUGUCACUUGGCAAGUUUCACUGAAAUAAGGUGCUUUUGGGGGCCAUUUACAAGUUUCUGGCAAGCUUCUGGUUGAAUUUUUGACUGCUCUUUUGGACAAAAUUGCUGCAGUUCAGCUAAAUGUGUUGGUUUUCUGACAUGGCCUUUUUUUUCCGCAUUGUCCACUCAAUUAAGUCAGGACUUUGGGAAGGCCAUUAUAAAACCUUAAUUACAGUUGUGAUCAAAAUUAUUCAACACCCCAAACAAUAUUGGUGUUUGAGCAAAUUAGACAUUUAUUCCGUAUUUUGUUUAUAGUCAUAUCAAAUAAAGAUGUGUCAAAUAGACAAAUGCAACUUAAAUUGUAACACUGUAUUUUACAAAAUACCAAAAAAGGACAUUUUUCUUAAUAUCUCAUUGACAAAAUUAUUCAACCUCCUAGUUAAAUGCAUCUUUAGUACUUAGUAGAACCCAUCCAUUCAUCCAUUUUCUACCGCUUAUUCCCCUUAGGGGUUGCGGGGGGCGCUGGCCCCUAUCUCAGCUACAAUCGGGCAGAAGGCGGGGUACACCCUGGACAAGUCGCCACCUCAUCGCAGGGCCAACACAGAUAGACAGACAACAUUCACACUCACAUUCACACACUAGGGCCAAUUUAGUGUUGCCAAUCAACCUAUCCCCAGGUGCAUGUCUUUGGAAGUGGGAGGAAGCCGGAGUACCCGGAAGGAACCCACGCAUUCACGGGGAGGACAUGCAAGCUCCACACAGAAAGAUCCCGAGCCUGGAUAUGAACCCAGGACUGCAGGACCUUCGUAUUGUGAGCCAGACGCACUAACCCCUCUGCCACCGUGAAGCCGACUUAGUAGAACACCCUUUGGCAGUAAUUACAUCCUUCAAACGUGAUACAUAACCGGACACAAGCUUCUUGCAACGAUCUACGGAUAUUUUAGCCCAUUCCUCUUGGGCAAAGGCCUCCAGUUCAUUCAUAUUCUUGGGCUUGCGUGCUGCAACUGCCUUCUUCAAGUCCCACCACAGGUUUUUUAUAGGAUUUAGUUCUGGCGACUGUGAAGGCCACUCCAGAGUCUUCCAGCCCUUCUUCUGCAACCACUCUGAUGUUGAUUUGGAGGUAUGCUUGGGAUCGUUGUCCUGUUGGAAGGUCCAACGUCUCCCAAGCCUCAGCUUCGUCACUGACUUCAUGAUAUUUGCAGCUAAUAUAUCCUGGUAGGAAAUAGAAUUCAUAAUGCCUUGAACGCGCUGGAGAUUCCCGGUACCUGAGGCAGAGAAACAGCCCCAGAGCAUGAUUGACCCCCCACCAUGCUUAACAGUAGACAAGGUGUUCUUCUCUUUGUAAGCUUCAUUUUUUCUCUUCCAGACAUAACAUUGAUUCAUAGGACCAAAAAGUGCCAGUUUUGUCUCAUCACUCCAUAGAACAGUUUCCCAAAACCUUUGGGGUUUGUCCAGAUGAUUUUUGGCAUACUGGAAUCUAUUUUUCUUGUGUCUGGUAGUCAGAAGUGGGGUGCGCCUGGGAGUUCUGGCAUGGAGGCCUUCUUCUCGUAGUGCGCGCCUUAAUGUCUGGGACGAAACCCGCGUUCCCCCCUUUGCAAUGUCCUGUUGUAGUUCCUCAGCUGUUACCCUGGGGUUUUUCACCACUGUAUGCUUCAAAUACCGGACAGCAGUUGCACACAGCAUCCUCUUUCUACCACGCCCAGGUAGUGUUUCCACUGUGCCUUUAGCUUUAAACUUGCAAAUUAUGCUCCCAACUGUGUCUCUUGGAAUAUAUAAUGUCUUUGCUAUUUUUUAUAUCCAUAUCCUUUCUUAUGAAGAGAAAUCACCUCUUCUGUUGACUUCUUUGACCACUCCCUGGACUUCACCAUGUUGCAAAUACACCAUUGACCAUCUACAAGAAGCUGAGCUCUAGUAGCAGCGGGGGCCGUCUACGGAGCAGACGCCAGCGGUGUGAUCGGAAACGCGGAUGCCGAGCGGGGCUAAAAACAAAGCAGAAGGAUAAUCCCCACAGAACACCACUUUCCUCCAUCCCGAAGACGGAUUUAGAUGGAAAAUGCGAGACUACUGGUCUGGGUAAGGAGUCAGUUAAAUUAGAACAAGUUUUUUCUGCUUUGAGUGUUUCAGAGUUGGACAUGUGUUUUACUGAGGUGGCUAACUAUGAUGCGUGCAGUUUAUCAAAGCAACAAUCAAACAAUCGGAAAAUUCCUGUCGUAUCAAUUCCUAGAUAUGGUCGUAACUAUACUAAAUGCACUGGGCAUAAUAAACACAACAUUAUUAAUAUUGCUACUACAGAUAAUUUGAUCAAAAACUCCCUAAAACAGCCCACUACCUAUAAUAUAGGUUUUUUAAACAUAAGAUCAUUGUCUCCUAAAACGUUGUUAGUUAAUGAUAUUAUCAGAGACAACAAUCUUAACGUCAUCGGUCUCAGCGAAACCUGGCUUAAACCAAACGACUUUUUUGCGCUAAAUGAGGCAUGUCCUCCUAACUUUACACAUGCGCAUAUUGCCCGUCCGCUCAAAAGGGGUGGGGGAGUUGCACUAAUAUACAACGAAAACUUUAACCUUAGUCCUAACAUAAAUAAUAAAUAUAAAUCGUUUGAGGUGCUUACUAUGAGGUCUGUCACACCGCUGCCUCUACACCUGGCUGUUAUCUACCGCCCCCCAGGGCCCUAUUCGGACUUUAUUAAUGAAUUCUCAGAGUUCGUUGCUGAUCUAGUGACACACGCCGAUAAUAUAAUCAUAAUGGGGGACUUUAAUAUCCAUAUGAAUACCCCAUCGGACCCACCGUGCGUAGCGCUCCAGACUGUAAUUGAUAGCUGUGGUCUCACACAAAUAAUAAAUGAACCCACGCAUCGCAACGGUAAUACGAUAGACCUAGUGCUUGUCAGGGGCAUCACCGUUUCCAAAGUUACGAUACUCCCGUGUACUAAAGUAUUGUCUGAUCAUUACCUUAUAAAAUUCGAGGUUCAGACGCAUGUUCGUCAAACUAAUAAUAAUAAUAACUGCUAUAGCAGCCGCAACAUUAAUACAGCCACAACGACAACUCUUGCUGACCUACUGCCCUCGGUAAUGGCACCAUUCCCAAAGUAUGUGGGCUCUAUUGAUAACCUCACUAACAACUUUAACGACGCCCUGCGCGAAACCAUUGAUAACAUAGCACCGCUAAAGUUAAAAAAGGCUCCAAAAAAGCGCACCCCGUGGUUUACAGAAGAAACUAGAGCUCAGAAAUUAUUAUGUAGAAAGCUGGAACGCAAAUGGCGCACGACUAAACUUGAGGUGCACCAUCAAGCAUGGAGUGAUGGUUUAAUAACUUAUAAACGCAUGCUUACCUUAGCUAAAGCUAAAUAUUACUCAAAUCUCAUCCACCGUAAUAAAAACGAUCCUAAAUUUUUGUUUAGUACGGUAGCAUCGCUAACCCAACAAGGGACUCCUUCCAGUAGCUCAACCCACUCAGCUGAUGACUUUAUGCAAUUCUUUAGUAAGAAAAUUGAAGUCAUUAGAAAGGAGAUUAAAGACAAUGCGUCCCAGCUACAACGGGGUUCUAUUAACACUGACACGAUUGUAUAUACGGCGGAUACUGCCCUCCAAAAUACUUUCUCUCGUUUUGAGGAAAUAACAUUAGAGGAAUUGUUACAACGUGUAAAUGGAAUAAAACAGACAACAUGUUUACUUGACCCUCUUCCUGGGAAACUGAUCAAGGAGCUCUUUGUAUUAUUAGGUCCAUCAGUGCUAAAUAUUAUAAACUUAUCACUCUCCUCGGGCUCUGUUCCCCUAGCAUUCAAAAAAGCGGUUAUUCAUCCUCUUCUUAAAAGACCUAACCUCGAUCCUGACCUCAUGGUAAAUUACCGACCGGUGUCUCACCUUCCCUUUAUUUCAAAAAUCCUUGAAAAAAUUGUUGCGGAGCAGUUAAAUGAACACUUAGCGUCUAACAAUCUAUGUGAAACCUUUCAAUCCGGUUUCAGGGCAAAUCACUCCACGGAGACAGCCCUCGCAAAAAUGACUAAUGAUCUAUUGCUAACGAUGGAUUCUGAUGCGUCAUCUAUGUUGCUGCUCCUCGAUCUUAGCGCUGCUUUCGAUACCGUCGAUCAUAAUAUUUUAUUAGAACGUAUCAAAACACGAAUUGGUAUGUCAGACUUAGCCCUGUCUUGGUUUAACUCUUAUCUUACUGAUAGGAUGCAGUGUGUCUCCCAUAACAAUGUGACCUCGGACUACGUUAAGGUAACGUGUGGAGUUCCCCAGGGUUCGGUCCUUGGCCCUGCACUCCUCAGCAUCUACAUGCUGCCGCUAGGUGACAUCAUACGCAAAUACGGUAUUAGCUUUCACUGUUAUGCUGAUGACACCCAACUCUACAUGCCCCUAAAGCUGACCAACACGCCGGAUUGUAGUCAGCUGGAGGCGUGUCUUAAUGAAAUUAAACAAUGGAUGUCCGCUAACUUUUUGCAACUCAACGCCAAAAAAACGGAAAUGCUGAUUAUCGGUCCUGCUAGACACCGAACUCUAUUUAAUAAUACAACUCUAACAUUUGACAACCAAACAAUUAAACAAGGCGACACGGUAAAAAAUCUGGGUGUUAUCUUCGACCCAACUCUCUCCUUUGAGGCACACAUUAAAAGCGUUACUAAAACGGCCUUCUUUCAUCUCCGUAAUAUCGCUAAAAUUCGCUCCAUUCUGUCCACUAAAGACGCUGAGAUCAUUAUCCAUGCGUUUGUUACGUCUCGCCUCGACUACUGUAACGUAUUAUUUUCGGGUCUCCCCAUGUCUAGCAUUAAAAGAUUACAGUUGGUACAAAAUGCGGCUGCUAGACUUUUGACAAGAACAAGAAAGUUUGAUCACAUUACGCCUGUACUGGCUCACCUGCACUGGCUUCCUGUGCACUUAAGAUGUGACUUUAAGGUUUUACUACUUACGUAUAAAAUACUACACGGUCUAGCUCCAUCUUAUCUUGCCGAUUGUAUUGUACCAUAUGUCCCGGCAAGAAAUCUGCGUUCAAAGGACUCCGGCUUAUUAGUGAUUCCCAAAGCCCAAAAAAAGUCUGCGGGCUAUAGAGCAUUUUCCGUUCGGGCUCCAGUACUCUGGAAUGCCCUCCCGGUAACAGUUCGCGAUGCCACCUCAGUAGAAGCAUUUAAGUCUCACCUUAAAACUCAUUUGUAUACUCUAGCCUUUAAAUAGACUCCCUUUUUAGACCAGUUGAUCUGCCGUUUCUUUUCUUUUCUUCUAUGUCCCACUCUCCCGUGUGGAGGGGGUCCGGUCCGAUCCGGUGGCCAUGUACUGCUCGCCUGUGUAUCGGCUGGGGACAUCUCUGCGCUGCUGGUCCGCCUACGCUUGGGAUGGUUUCCUGCUGGCUCCGCUGUGAACGGGACUCUCGCUGCUGUGUCUUGGAUCCUCUUUGGACUGGACUCUCGCGACUGUGUUGUAUCCAUUGUGGAUUGAACUUUCACAGUAUCAUGUUAGAUCCGCUCGACAUCCAUUGCUUUCCUCCUCUCUAAGGUUCUCAUAGUCAUCAUUGUCACCGACGUCCCACUGGGUCAUUAUUGUCACCAAUGUCCCACUGGGUGUGAGUUUUCCUACCGAGGAUGUCGUGGUGGUUUGUGCAGCCCUUUGAGACACUAGUGAUUUAGGGCUAUAUAAGUAAACAUUGAUUGAUUGAUUGAUUGAAGAGUUAUGAUCUUCAAGGGGUUGAAUAAUUUUGUCAAUGAGAUAUUAAGAGAAAUGACAGUGUUUGGUAUGUUACAAAAUAUAAUGUUGUAAUUCUAGUUGCAUUUGUCUAUUUAAUGCAUCUUUAUUAGAUAGGACUAUAAACAAAAUACGGAAUAAAUGUCCAACUUGCUAAAACACCAAAAUUGUGUGGGGGUUGAAUAAUUGUGAUCACAACUGUAUAGCCUGAUUUAGCCAUUCCUUUACCACUUGUAAUGUGUCUUUGGAUCAUUGCCCGUUGGAACAGCCAACUGCGCCCAACACCCAACCAUGAUUUUAGGUUGUCCUGAAGAAUUUGGAGGUAAUCCUCCUUUUUCAUUCCCCCAUUUUUUCUCUGUAAAGCACCAGUUCUAUUGGCAGCAAAACAGGCCCAGAGCAUAAUACUACCACCACCAUUGCUUGACGGUAGGCCUGGUGUUCCUGGGAUUCAAGGCCUCACCUUUUCUCCUCCAAACAUAUUGCUGGGUAUUGUGGCCAAACAGCUCAAUUUUUGUUUCAUCUGACCACAGAACUUUCCUCCAGAAGUUCUUAUCUUUGUCCAUGUGAUGUCAGAGUAGUGGUCAAAAUUCAACCAAAAGCUUGCCAGAAGCUUGUGGAUGGGUACCAAAAGCCCCUUAUUCCAGUGAAACUUGCCAAUGGACAUGUAAUCAAAUUUUUACAUUUCUGUAUGUAUACUUUUGACCCAGCAGAUUUGAUCACAUAUUCAGUAGACCCAUAAUAAAUUCAUAAAAGAACCAAA